CGGAAAGGUGUCUGCACUCUUUCCAUUUCCUUGCACUUGAUAUUAUGUAAAUCUUAUAGUCCAGUAGUAGGAGCGUUCUUUUUCUCCCCAGUCGAAGCCCCGGUUUUGACCUUGCGCCGCUGGACGCUACGCACGCCCGUGCUGGUGAGUAUGCAAAUGGUUUUGACUAAUCGUGCGAUGAGUCUGUAGCCGCUGAAGUUCAGUGUAACUCUGUGGUAAUGCUCUCUAAAGCUUCGAAGCUAAGGAUUUUCUUCACAUAAGAAAGGUUAGAUUGGCAGUGUCUCUUGGGAGUCAUACGAGUAGCAGCACCUCUCUCACGAUGAAGAUCUCAAUGUGCCUAAAAUUAUUCCUGGUUUUUGCAAGUGGGGUGUUCACUUGCAGCGGUCUCGAGGUUUCGACUCCAAACGGGAAGAUCAUCGGGUUCGAUACUUUGAAAACGAGGAAUGGGAGAGUGAUCCACAGUUUCACUGGCAUCCCUUUCGCUAAGCCACCUAUCGGGCUUCUUAGAUUCAAGGAGCCACAACCAUUGGAGUCAUGGAAGAAACCACUCGAUGCGACAAAGAAUGCAUCUUUUUGCCCGCAAAUCGAUUUGUUCAACCCAAAGAUGAAGAGCUCCUCUCAAGUCCUGGGGAAGGAGGACUGUCUCGUCCUAAAUGUUUAUUCUCCGAACGUGAACAAGGCUGCGAAACUCCCAGUCAUGGUCUUUAUUCACGGUGGUGGGUAUCAGCAAGGAUCUAGCGUCAUUUACGGCCCAGAGCUAUUGCUGGACAAAGAUAUUGUGUUGGUCACCGUCAAUUACAGACUUGGAGCACUAGGGUUCCUCAGCACCGGCGACGGAGUUAUUCCUGCAAAUAACGGGUUGAAGGAUCAAGCUCUUGCCAUUAAAUGGGUUCACGAUAAUAUCGAAAACUUCGGUGGAAACCCUGGGCUAGUCACUGUUUUUGGGGAGAGUGCCGGAGGUGCAAGUGUACAUUUGAAUCUUUUGUCGCCUCUCAACAAAGGUCUGAUUCAUAGAGGCAUAGCAAUGAGCGGAACUGGACAUUGUCCCUGGGCAAUUAUAAACCCGCAGUUGGCUAAAGAUAGAACGAAAGCUCUGGCUGUGUUGUGCGGCUGUCCCUCUGAACCCUCGGACGAACUCCUUAAGUGCAUGCAGGAAGUUCACCCCGAAUCACUCUUGGAGAUGAGCAAAAGAUUCCAAGACUGGGCUCUUGCACCCGCUGUUGUUUUUGGACCAACGAUUGAGUCUGGAGCCAAGGGCGAUUUUCUUCCGAAAGACGUGGAUGAUCUGGAGUCAAAAGUUCCUCUCAUGACAGGAGUAACCUCCGGAGAGGGAGGUCUUGCUGCCUCAAUCAUAUUUAGCGCUGGUGGUAAACCUGAAAACGAACUAAAGGAGAACCCGCAAUACAUUCUGCCGAAAAUACUCAUGUUGAGGUCCGAGUUCCCGAAGGACAAAGUUCCAAGUGUAUCAAAGCAGAUCCAGAAAUUUUACUUCGGGGAAAAGUCCAUAGAUACGAACUCCACGGAAGAAAUCAUCAAUUUAUUCACUGACAGUUGGUUUUUGCACGGCGCUGCUGAGACAGCAAGGAAGUACAAGGGAGAGGCGUAUUUUUAUGUGUACGAUUAUCUACACUCGGUUUCUCACAAUAGCUUAUUUGGCAACACGAAAAUCCAAGGAGUAAGUCACUCAGAUGAUUUGCUGGAUCUAUUUCCUCUUACAUACUACUUCCCGAAAAGAACAUGGCCUGAGGCUGACGUUAAAGUUUCAAGAAAGACCAUUGACAUCGUAACGGACUUUGCCAAAAAUGGAAAACUAAGCGAUACCAGCUUGAAGUGGGAGCCAAUCGGAAAAGCAGCAAAGACGCGCCAUUACCUGCACAUCACGGCAGCAGGCCCAGCAGUGAAAGAAAAUCUUUUCUCAAAAAGAGUUGAUUUCUGGCAGUCGUUAAUACUGGAUACUCAGUCAGAGAAAAAGAUCUGAGGUUAUUGCGGGAAAUUCAGAAGGGGGGUUUCCCAGACUUCACUGGGAAAAUUAUCAACAAUUGUUGCUGGCACAUCUUAAGUACCUGAUGAUAUUGAUACAUCUAAUGAAAGAAAGUUCAAGAUCUAAAAUGAGCUAAUUCUUCAGCAAUUAUUUAACCAUCAGGAGGAAGGAGAACAAGACAAACAUUGUUGCCUAAAAUCUUUAGAUUCCAUUCCACUAUUUUUUAUAGAAAUAUGUCACCUCGUUUACAUUUUUUUAAAUGUAUAGAUUAUUUUUGUGAUAUUUGAUUUAAUAAACGUAUAUUUUUCA